UUAAAGCAACUGUAGAUGGUAGACACAAUAACGUGCAGUCUGUAUAAUCUACUGUAUUUGUGUUCCCCAGCUGGACGACCCUUUAACCCUACGCCCUCUCAAUCUGCAAGUCAUACAGCAGGUAGUGACAGGAAGCUUGAAAAAAGACCCACCAACCCCACACCGCAGGCUGCUGGUGAAAGCAGCCAGGAGAGUUCAUCUGGCCGAUGUAAGUCGGUCCUGGUGGAUGUGACUGGAAAGCCCAGGCGGACUAAAGUCAGAUUACCAACCUCAAUCCUCAGCUCUAAGCCCUGCAGUGUACCAAAUCAGCAGUUCCUGUCAGUGGAAGAGCCAGUGAGGAGGAAGUGUAGAACCAUUUCUUUGACCGACCCAAAUGUUAUAGCGAGGGGAUUCCAGCUCCUCCCAUCCAGCGUCGACUUUGGUACACUGCAGGAAGGCACCUCCUCUGCCAUUACUGUGAGGAUGAAGAACGUGGGUGUGGACACCUGCAGGUUCCAAGUGAAACAGCCUCCUCCUGCUACAGGCCUCCGGGUCAUCUACAAUCCUGGGCCUGUGGCUGCAGGUUUGCACGUUGAGCUGCGUGUUGAGCUGUUUGCCAUGAGCGCAGUCCAAGCAGGAGAGGUGGAGCAAAAGAACAUCUCCCAGGAUAUUAUCAUCCACACUGAGACCGACAUCCUCUAUGUGCCCGUUACUGCUACCAUCCUUCCUGAGAGGUUAUAUGACAUUUGGCUCAAGGACCGCACAGGUUCGCACAACAAGAAAGGCUCCAGGGUCCGUCAACUGUCCUCCAGCCUACCGUGUGGAAAGCGAGACCGCACUGUGCCACAUACGACCCCUCCUGACCGCUCCUUCAGCAAGCACGGGGCACCCUAAAUGUCAAGUCUUCAUCUCACAUUCCUCAUUCUGUUCCAUUAAAUUUACAUUUCGAUGUUUUU